AUGAUUGGAACGAGAUUAUUGAGUAGUGUUCUGACAUCCCUGGAUCUUCCUGUGUCGAGGCGAUUCCUGUGGUCCGACUCGUCAACCGUACUUUCGUGGUUGAGAUCUGACAGUCGUCGGUAUCACCAGUUUGUGGCCUUCCGAGUAGGGGAAAUUCUAACGUCGACCAGCAUGGAUGAGUGGAACUAUGUGCCCUCCAAACUCAACGUGGCUGAUACCGCUACCAAGUGGAAAGAUGCGCCCAGUUUCGAUAGUAAGAGUUCUUGGUACAACGCGCCAGAUUUCCUGUACAAGUCACCGGAAUACUGGCCAUCGAAACCUUCGCCAAGUAAGUUGGAGACAGAUGUUGAGCUUCGUGCAGUGUUCAUGUUCCACGGUACAAUACAGCCACCGCUGAUAGACAUUUCUAGAUUUUCGAACUGGAACCGACUGUUAAGAGCCACAGCAUACGUUAUACAAGGUGUUCAUCGUUUCAAGGGUGAGAAAAGUCCGAAACCAGUUAUAUUGACCCAGCAGGAACUCAAGAAUGCUGAAAACUUACUGUGGAGACAGAUACAAGCUGAUGUUUAUCCCGACGAAGUAGCGAUUCUGAAACGUAAUCGAGCGUUUCCGGAAAGUGCAGUAUCAAUUCCGAAAUCGAGUCCGAUAUAUCGUUUUUCGCCGUUCCUGGAUGAGGAGGAAAUCAUUCGGAUGAACAGCAGAAUUACAGCGGCGCCGGGGGUUCCAUUAGAAGCAAAGUUACCAGUUUUGUUGCCGAAGAAGCAUUCCGCGACGGUUCUUCUUGUGGAUCAAUAUCAUAGGAGGUUCCUACACGGAAAUGGAGAGACGGUGUGUAAUGAGUUGCGUCAACGCUUCUGUAUUCCAGGUCUACGAGGUUUGAUCCGAGAAGUAUCCGGAAAGUGUCAGCUCUGCCGCGUUAGAAAAGCUACUCCACAGCCUCCUAUGAUGGCACCAUUGCCAGAAGCUAGGGUGACUGGAUUUGUAAGACCAUUCACACACACCGGAGUGGAUUAUUUCGGGCCAUUGAUGGUAAAACGAGGACGCAGUCUUGUUAAGAGAUGGGUGGCACUAUUUACUUGCCUCACGGUACGUGCCAUACAUUUGGAGAUCGUGCAUAGUUUGUCCGCUCAGUCUUGUGUGAUGGCAAUUAGACGCUUCGUUGCUCGUCGCGGUGCUCCAGAGUCAUUUUACAGUGACAACGGGACAAAUUUUCUGGGAGCAAGUAAUUUGCUGGCGAAGCAGAUACAGGACAUCAACGAGGAUUGUGCCUCAACGUUCACCAACUCUAAAACCAGAUGGCACUUCAACCCACCUUCAGCACCACACAUGGGUGGAUCGUGGGAGCGGAUGGUACGCUCCGUGAAGACUGCCAUGUUAGCAAUAGCCGAUCAUCCACAUCAUCCGAGCGACGAAGUUCUGGAGACAGUACUCCUAGAAGCUGAAGCUAUUGUCAAUUCCAGGCCGCUCACGUACAUACCGCUGGAGUUUGCAGAGCAAGAAGCAUUAACACCAAACCACUUCCUGCUCUUCGGUACAAAAGGUAUUUCGCAAAACGAGAUGGCGAUCAACUUAGGUGGUAGUGCAUUACGGGAUAGCUGGCGUCUUGCGCAAAAUUUGGUGCAUCACUUCUGGACACGUUGGAUUCGUGAAUACCUUCCAACAAUCAGCAGGCGCACCAAGUGGUUCGAACCAACGAAGCCACUCGAACCUGGAGAUUUGGUUUUAGUCGUCGAUGAAGGAAAACGAUAUGGGUGGCUCAGAGGUCAGGUCGUAGAUGUGAUCAAAGCAGCUGACGGACAAGUACGGCGAGCGGUGGUGCAGACGAAGAACGGGCUAGUGACUCGACCAGCUGGCUCCCCUGGAUCUCAAAGUAUCUGGGUCCUCCGGAACUACACGGGCGGGGGAAUGUAA